CUAAGCUGAUACCCCCUGUAAUUGGCAGCCGUGUGGUGAUUGAUAUGCUACCUGCUAUUACCGAUACGCGGUCUAUUUCAGCUUUUCCCGGAUGGCGGGUGCUCGAGAGACAGAUACACUGCCCGUUACCAGCACUGCACCUCCUAGGCCAUCAUUCCUCAUCACACCGGUACCGCAGAUGCUGAUUGCAUACAUAGGGUCGGUGUCAAGUCGAUUUCAUAAGAGUCCCCAACCACAUCUAUAAAGUGACGAUUUUCUGUCUAGCCGACUUUUACAAAAGUUCUGACGCCCUACUUCUAAUAGUAGAUAUAUCCGGUUUCUCAUCAGAAUGGUCGCAGCACCUGCCAGUGUACAUAAAGUGAAGGUAGCAAAGCCUCUUGCUCGGUUUGAAGUCGGUCCCGACUACGAGAUUUUACACUGUCUGGGUGAAGGAGCAUAUGGAACAGUUGUGGCUGCAUCACAUAAACCCACUGGCCGGCAGGUAGCCAUCAAAAAGAUCCUGCCUUUUGACCACACACUAUUCUGCCUUCGAACAUUGCGAGAGCUGAAGCUCCUGAAAUUCUUUUCGGAGACCUGUGUCAAUGAGAACAUCAUCUCUAUAUUAGAUAUAACGAGGCCACCAUCACUCGAAGAAUUCAAGGAAGUGUACUUCAUACAGGAAUUCAUGCAGACCGAUCUUCACCGUGUGAUACGGACUCAACAGCUUACUGACGAUCAUUGCCAGUACUUUAUUUACCAGAUUCUCCGCGGUCUCAAAUCUAUACAUAGCGCCGAUAUUGUUCACCGAGAUCUAAAACCGGCUAACCUAUUGCUCAAUGCUAACUGCGACCUCAAAGUCUGCGACUUUGGCCUGGCGAGGAGCGUCAAAGCAACAACCCCGGGCGCCAAGGAGGCUGGGUUGAUGACUGAAUAUGUAGCGACGCGAUGGUAUCGUGCACCAGAGAUCAUGCUUUCUUUCAAGAUGUACACAAAGGCUAUUGAUCUGUGGGCGGUUGGGUGCAUUCUUGCAGAAAUGCUGACGAGUAAACCCUUGUUUCCCGGACGUGACUACUCGCAUCAGCUGAAUCUCAUCCUGGAUAUAAUUGGCACGCCAACCUUGGACGAGUUCUACUCGAUCACUUCAAGGAGAUCAAGGGAUUAUAUCCGCGCUCUUCCAAUCCGCAAAAGACGGGUGUUUCAAUCGCUUUUCCCGAAAGCAACGCCCGAAGCCAUCGAUUUCCUGCAGAGAACUUUGACUUUCGAUCCCAAAAAACGCUUGACGGUUGAUGAAGCUCUCAACCAUCCAUAUCUUGCUGCAUAUCAUGACCCAGAGGACGAACCAGUUGUAGCAUCCUUUGAUCCCGACUACUUCGAUUUUGACCAAUUCAAAGACGACCUCACCAAAGCCGAACUGAAAGAACUUCUAUACGACGAAAUCAUGUCCUUCAUCCCGGCGAUCUAGACCAUGAUAUGCAUCUUUCGACUGUUGGCAAUUGUACAGAUGUCCGCCGUAUAUUAUUACCCUGGACUCAGCACCACAUCGUGAGAUUCAUCGCACUGGUUUAUCUAUUUACUGUCGCACUGGUUUCGAUAUUAUCACUAUGUACUUAUAGUCUCAUUCGCACCAUAUAAU